UCUCACCUGAUCAUGAUGAUGAGAAUGUCGGAAAGGAAGGAGUGAUACGCUUGAUGCAGGAAGCAGAUGAAAGUGUACCUGAUGCAGAUGGAGAUGAAAGACGUUUCCGUUACCAUUACGGUGAAGAUGAAAGACCUGAUGCAGAUGAGAGACGUUUUCGUUACCAUUACGGUCAAGAUGAAAGGCCUGAUGCUGAUGCAGAUGAAAGACAAUUUCGUUACCAUUACGGUGAAGAUGAAAGACCUGAUACUGAUGCAGAUGAAAGACGUUUCCGUUACGUUUACGGUGAAGAUGAAAGACCUGGUGCUGAUGCAGAUGAAAGACGUUUUCGUUACCAUUACGGUGAAGAUGAAAGACCUGAUGCUGAUGCAGAUGAAAGACCUGGUGCUGACGCAGAUGAAAGACGUUUUCGGUACCAUUACGGUGCAGAUGAAAGACCUGAUGCUGAUGCAGAUGAAAGACGUUUUCCUGUCCGUUACAGCGCAUUUCUGCUGGAGAAAGAUUUGGUGAGGGGAACCAGAAAGUAUCUAAGCUUUUCCAACACUCAGAAGAUUCCUAAGUUCCUUCCACGCUCCGUGGCAGAUGAAAUCCCUUUCUCCUCCGACAAGCUUUCUGCGGUGUUGAGGCAGCUCAACAUAGCGCCAGAUUCCGUCAUGGGUUUGGCUAUGAAGCAGAAUUUACAAGAUUGCGAAGCUCCUGGUGUGAAGGGCGAAACUAAAUACUGCGCAACAUCGCUGGAGUCCAUGAUUGACUACAUCACGUCGAAGCUGGGAAGCAACGGCGUAACCGUGCUGGCCACGAAUGUUCCAAAGGGGAAGACAUCAAAAUCUGUGAAACACCAAUAUUCCAUCACGGGAGUGAAAUACGAGAGCCAAGGGGAGAAGCCAGUGUACGUCUGCCACAGUAUAAAAUAUCCGUACGCGGUGUAUUACUGCCACCAAUUGCAAGGCACGAAGAUCGCAAGAGUUUGGGUGAAGGGCGAAGAUGGCAGCACGGCGGAGGCGCCGACCAUCUGUCACACGGACACCAGCGCCUGGAAUCCCAAACACAUGGCAUUCCGGGUGUUGAACGUCAAGCCUGGUGCUGCUUCUGUCUGCCAUUUUGUUCCCGAAAACCACUUUGUGUGGCUGGGAGCCAACUAAGAUCCACGCCAUGCUGCUUCCUUGCUCUAUAUAUAAAUAAUCUUCGGUGUAGUAGGACUAUGGAGUAGCAGGACAGCUUAUCUUAUCUGGUUUGUUGGUGUCAGUAGCAGGACAGCUUUUCUUAUCUGGUUUGUUGGUGUCACUAGGAGGACAGCUUUUCUUAUCUACUUUGUUGGUGUGAGUAGCUUAUCUGGUUUGUUGGUGUGAGGAGCAGUAGCUCUCAUUCUGUCAUAUUGCUAAAUUAUUACUAGUGCUUGUAGCUAUAAAAAUAUG